CUACUAUAUAACAAAUAAUUUGAGUAUGAUAUUCUAGAAGAAGCAGCGACCUCCCUUUCACAGAGGGCUGGAAAUGAUAGAUCUACAUCGUGCACUCAGCUGUCUGAACUCCCAUCAACUCCGUCAAGUGUGGAAUGAGGGGUCUCUAUUCUCCCCUAUUAGCACUGGAACCUGCUCCUCUGCUGCUGCCAAGGUGCCCCAGCUGCUCCCUGUCAAGAGAUACAAGAUAAGAAGUCACUACGACGGUGUCUUCUCCCUCGACUUCACCAAGGAUGGCACUAGACUGGCGGUGGGCUACGGAUCUGGUGACGUCACGCUCCACGAUACCAAAACAGCCAAGCUGACCUGCUGUCCCAGUAGGAAGAGCGAACAGUUGCCGGUUACAGGCCUGCAGUUCCGGAGUCAGGAUAGGUCCGAGAUGCUGUACUGUCUCGCUAGUGGACCCAUCUUUCUUCAGAGGAUAGAGGACGAAUCAAACGUUGUGGACGUUAUGACUACAGAUGAAGAAAACGAGAUAAACACUCUAGAUGUCAGUGAAUUUGGUUACUACUUCUGCACGGCAGGGAAAGAUAGGAACAUCAGGAUAUACGACUGGGAGAAGUUCAAGCCGUUCUCAGUUCUGGGUCCUCUAACAGAGGGAGACUACAUAGGCCCUCCCGAGGACACUCUCACUCAACACGGCAAGAGGAUAUUCUCCGUCAAGUUCUCUGAUGAGAGUCCUUAUCAUCUGGUGUCCGGAGGGUGGGACAACUCAGUAAAAGUUUGGGACUUGAGAACAGGUCAAGUAGUUAAGAGUAUGAGUACAGGCAGCAACUUCGGACCUAAGUUGUGUGGUGAUGCGCUGGCUAUAAAGGGGGACCUGUGCGUCACUGGAUCUCUACUUCCUGAAAACGCUAUCGAGCUUUGGAGCAUAAAGGAAGGAAGAAGGAUCGCAUGCCUGCCCUACGAGAGCCCCAAACUCCGGGGAGAAUAUGUUCUUGUAGUGAAGUUCUGCGGAGACAACCACGUGAUUGCAGGCAGCGCUACUUGUCAUGACGCUCAGAUAAUCUCGAUAGCACAAGAAAAAGUGGUAUCUCGGAUAGAUGGUUUCAGAAGAUCAGUAUCCUCUCUGGCCGUGUCCAGUAGCGGCAAGGUAGCGGUGGCAGGGGGAGCUCCCUACAUCUCCUUCGUGGAGACCAUGACCACACCUUUCUUCUUAGAGACCUAACAGGCGGGCAUUAAGUAGGUUUAUUUAUAGCACAACCAAUUAAAUAUAUAUCCUUGGGGUUCCCAGCCGCAAUCCUUACAAACCUUAAUAGGCAAAAAACGUCCCCACUACUGUAGAGACAGCUGAUUUUCAUGCACGUAUAACAAAGGGCUAGUCAGGGAGACAAAUAUAAAUUUGUACCAGCCGUGACUAGGAUCUUGUUAACGAGUUUUCUAAAUUUUCACAAAAAAUGUGUCACCUGUUGGCCGAUAAAGCGAGUAGGGUAAUCGUUGUGCAUGGCCCGCUGGUACUUGAGCUAAGUUUCGAUUCUUUGACAGACCUUCGGAUUCAGGACAACGCCUUGAUUAUCUGACCACGGGUCAUUUGGCAUCCCUUUGACUUAUUAUUAUUUGAUAAACCGUCACUUUUGGAAUUUAUUCUCAUGAAAAUAAAAAGAAUAGCAGCAGAAACGUUUAAAACGAAAGGAGAGAUAAUGUCAGGCAAGGACUGUAGAGUUUAUGAACUAAAAAUGAGAUUAAAGAUUGGGAAAAUGUUUGGUAAUAUGAAGGAUACUGGUAAGUUGAUGAGAUAUUUGCUUGUCAGGUUUUAAGAUUUUCUGAGACUGCUCAUGCUUGAAAUGGUAUAAUUGUUGAUUAUAUCAUCAUCACGUUAUUUUAAACUCGAUGCCAUAAUUCUUCGUGUACCAACAACGCUCAUUCAUCUAAUUUAUUAAAUUUGGUAAAUAUAUGUCUUUACUGAGAAUGAUACAUCACAAUACUGAUUAAAUGAAUUAAUAUAA